CUGAUCACGGACUUCCUUUGCCCUAGCCUCGAACACUUUGCCUGACCUGACACAGUGACCAUGCCGAAGAGAUUGUCUCGCUGUACUGGGACACGAAGCCCAAGACAGCAAUUAAGUCCAUGGGGACUGGCAAGAAGCGAGGUCGAUCGUCAGCCGUGGCGGGAUGUUCCAGUCGAGCCGCUAAUGGCGGGAGAAGCAGUCAAAAGAGGAAGCAGGAAGAGGAGGAGGAUUUUGCUGAGGAUUACGAAGAGACCCAUGUGGACAGCAUGAACAAGUAUGAAGAUGUGAGGGAUUGGGAAGAUCUGGUGGCGAGCGUGGAUACUAUCGAGAGAGGAAGGGAGGAUGUCUUGAUGAUAUACUUGACGAUGACCGGCGGCGAGAAGGUCGCCCAACCUGCGGAUGUGGUCUACCGUCGAUGCCCACAAAAGGUGCUGAAGUUUUACGAAGCGCAUCUCAAGUGGAGAUUGACGGUCUGAAGCGGAUACCAUGGAUGGGGCUCUAUUGAGCCGAGAUGUAGGAUUGAUAAGGGGGUCACGGAAGAAGGCAUUGACAGAGCCCUUCCUAUGGACCAUUAGAUGGAAUCUCCACGGAUGAGACUCCAUUCUGAGCGAUGAUACUUGACUUAGGGCAUUUCGAUUGUAGAUAUAUACUCAAAUCUCCAUGUAAACCGAAGGAAAUAAUUCCUUCCAUAUCAUACAGUAC